CCGUAAAGCAGCCAAUCACCGCCUCUCCUUCCGCAGAAGCCAAGAUAACAAGCUGAGUGAUAUUUUCACAACGAAAGCGGUGAUGUUUCAGAGGCAAAGAGAUACCGCUGUGAACAGUUUUGGCAAGCCACCACGGACGUGAGACAAGAAUUUAGUUUCUUCUAGACCUUUAUUGAAUGUAUCCAUGUCGCUGUACAGCUAUAUAGAUGUUAACGUUUUGAAUGAGUCGACCUCGUUAUCAUUCAGGACCAUAUGUUGAGAAAACCGAGCGGAGGAAAAGAAACGACAGUUUGAGAGGCUGUCUGGACCUGGAGGACGAAGCAGUUAGCCUUAUAGUAACUUACAACUGUGCUGCCAACAGGGAUACACACACUCCAAGUGACAUCGCCAACGCAUAGCACACGGAACAGAGGAUAAUCUGGCCGAGGAUAACCUUGUGAAUCUCCUGGCGUCGAGAAGGAGAUAUAUUAGUUGGCUUGGUGCGAAGAUAACACCUGACUACGGCGACGUUUGCCAAUACUGUCAGCUCAGAAUAGAUAGAAAAACAAAACAAACGUCCAGCCACCGUCCAGUGUUUUAAGGAUGAACCACUUAUCCCUCAGCGAGCUAUGUUGCCUGUUCUGCUGUCCACCGUGCCCCAGCAAGAUAGCCUCAAAGCUGGCCUUCCUGCCACCAGAGCCCACUUACAGCCUCAUGUGCGACGAGAGCGGCAGCCGAUGGACGCUUCACCUCUCAGAGCGUGCUGACUGGCAGUACUCGGCCCGCGAGAAGGACGCCAUCGAGUGUUUCAUGACGCGCACCUCGAGAGGGAACCGGAUUGCCUGCAUGUUUGUCCGCUGCUCACCCAACGCCCGUUACACACUACUAUUCUCCCACGGAAACGCAGUGGACUUGGGCCAGAUGAGUAGCUUCUACAUCGGCCUGGGUUCACGGAUCAACUGCAACGUUUUCUCCUACGACUACUCGGGUUACGGGGCCAGUUCUGGGAAGCCCUCAGAGAAGAACUUGUACGCUGAUGUCGACGCCGCCUGGCAGGCACUCCGGUCACGGUAUGGCAUUCGGCCAGAGAACGUGAUCGUGUACGGUCAGAGCAUUGGCACCGUGCCCUCGGUGGACCUGGCUUCUCGCUAUGAGAGCGCCGCAGUCGUCCUCCACUCCCCGCUCACCUCUGGCAUGAGAGUGGCCUUCCCUGACACCAAGAAGACCUACUGCUUUGACGCCUUCCCAAACAUCGACAAGAUUUCGAAGGUGACGUCACCGGUGCUGGUGAUCCACGGUACAGAGGACGAGGUCAUCGACUUCUCCCACGGCCUGGCGCUGUACGAACGUUGCCAGCGCCCCGUGGAGCCGCUCUGGGUGGAGGGGGCCGGACACAAUGACGUGGAGCUCUAUGGACAGUACCUGGAGAGACUCAAACAGUUCGUCGCACAUGAGCUGGUCAACUUGUAGAGGAGCUGGGGGGAAGGGGUGGAGAGGGAGGAAGAGAAGAAAGCAUUGGUUUGUCAGGAGAGGCUGGAUAAUGGACAGGGGGUGCAGUUUUCUUUUUUUUUCAUGAAGUGAUGCAGGUGGUGUUUGUCUGUGUAGUACUGAAGUUUUGGUGGCAGGAUUCUCUCAUUAUCACCUCUCUCCCCCCUCUCCUUGGAGCUCCAGUUCGCCCAGGACGAGAGCCUGUCAGUACCGUCCACUCCACAUGCUGCAGCUGUGAACUUAUUAAAAAAAAAAUACACCCAUCUUUUGGAAACCCAUUGUUUUGUUUUUGCUAUUAGAUUUUCUUUUUUUUUUUAUCACGUUGCACAGUGCUUCAGUGUGUGAAUGCAAGAGAAAGUAGGCAACAUACUAUGUACAACCUGUGUAUGAGAGAGCGUGUGUGAGUAUGUGUGUCAUAUUUUUGCUGCCUUUUGAGAAGGACGUGGUCCACUGUUCUUAAGGGGGACCUCUGAGCGGCCCUCGAAGCUUUUGAGGUUCAGAGAAACAGCCUUGCUUUAAACUGGACUGGACCAAAGUGGACCAGACUCUCUCUCCAACCCAGCUGAACUCCAUCUGACUUUGAGGUCAGGUUUGGUCCUCCACACUGCAGUCACCAUGAGUUUAUUUUUGUUUGUUUGUUUAUUAUAUUUUUAUAUAUUAUACAUGAUAUUUGCACGUAUCAGCUGUCACUGAAGAACUCGAGACAAACUGACUUAUUAUCUAGCUGUGCCAGUGUUGCCAAAUGUUUAGUAUAAUAUAUUACAGAGACUUAGACUCACAAAGAAGUGUACUUUGUACAAAUAAGACCCAGAAACAUCUCCGAACCUCUGACAGCUGUAUCCGCUCUUUACUUCUUUGUUUAGUCUUACAAUUUGAUGUUACAAUCCGCAAGAUUAUGAUGCAAGAUGGAGCUCAGUCAGCGGCUCAUGUAGCCAGUUGAAGGGCUGAAGCUUUAUACCGUUGAGAAAUUACGUGAGGGUGUCGUUGCCACAUAAAACAUUUCCACAGUUCUUACUUCUGAGUUUACCUUCAACUGUGGUUACUUUAAGAUCAGUAUCACUAAGCUGUUUAUGAUGAUGAACUUGAUGUUUUCAGGCAAACUACCAUAAAUGCUGGACGGUUUUAUGGACACAAUAUCAGACCCCUCUCUGAAAAUAACAAGUAUUCGCCUUGAUAUAGUAACUGUUCUGAAGCCCAGUUUUGACAGUGUUAUUUCUGUCUUUUGGGUCUGAAGAUAUUGAGUUAAAUAAUCUAAUAUAGUUAUUAUUACAGAUCUUGCUUAUGUACUUGGAUCAGAUCUUUCUUGAUGUAUCUUUUUAUAUGAUGAAAAUGUAACUACUGUUUGUGCUCUGAUCAAGACUUAUACCACUAAUGCCAAUCAGGACUGAACGGUGAACAUGAUUAACGCGGUCCGUGUUAAUAUGUUUUCAGUUCAGUGAGUUGAAAAAAUAAAAAUAAAAAUGUUUUGUUUUUGAGUUA